AGGCGGCCAGCGCGAGGAUGCGUGAGGCUCGCGUAAUGACCAUGCACUUCCACCUCUCGCUCGUUUUGUUCCGUGCAUGUCCGGCCUCCUCAUUCUCGCGAAGACACCGCGUCGCGUCGUCCCGUAUAUAAAGGCACCUGGGCCCGGUCAAAAGUCACCACUGGCCUGCUGAGCUGGGAGUCAUGCGAGCCUGUGUCAUCGUGCUACCUGCCCUCGUGGCAGUCGCCUCCGCCGGGCUUUUCGGUGGCGGAGGAGGCGGCGGUUUCGGCGGUGGCGGUGGCUUUGGUGGCGGUGGCGGCGGUGGCCACAUCGUGUCUUCAUCGGUCUCCUACAUCGCCAAGCCCGUGGUCAGCGUCGGCUACGUUGCCAAGCCCGUGGUCAGUUACGUCGCCAAGCCCGUUACGACGGUGACGCAUGCGCUCAAGCCGGUGCUCACCUACACCAUCUCCAGUGGUGGUGGAGGAUUCGGCGGCGGCGGCGGAUUCGGUGGUGGCGGCGGAUUCGGCGGCGGGGGCGGCUUCGGAGGCGGAGGCGGCGGCGGCCACGGCGGAUGGGACUGGUGGUGAAAAGAGAGUCGCCUGCUAGCCAACGGGUAUUUCUCUAUUUGAUCAAUCUGUUGUGGGAUGCUGCACCUUCAGCGAUGAAAAGGCCCCGACAAACCACAAGCCAGCAACCACUGCCAAAGACGCUGCCAAAACCAGCGUGUCUGCCGUGCCUUCAGGAAGAAAUAAUGAUACUCCGCUUCAGGAAGCUUCAGAGACUGAACUUCGGGUACCUGUCAAUAAAAUUUUUUU